AUGGUGGACAAACUACAGCAUCACAAAGUGAUCAGCUGCAGCAACAAUGAGAACCUAGUUGAGACUUUGUGUUGUGAGAACCUUAUUGAGUCUUUGUGCUGUGAGAACCUUAUUGAGUCUUUGUGUUGUGAGAACCUUAUUGAGUCUUUGUGCUGUGAGAACCUUAUUGAGUCUUUGUGUUGUGAGAACCUUAUAGAGUCUUUGUGUUGUGAGAACCUUAUUGAGUCUUUGUGCUGUGAGAACCUUAUUGAGUCUUUGUGCUGUGAGAACCUUAUUGAGUCUUUGUGCUGUGAGAACCUUAUUGAGUCUUUGUGUUGUGAGAACCUUAUUGAGUCUUUGUGCUGUGAGAACCUUAUUGAGUAUUUGUGCUGUGAGAACCUUAUUGAGUCUUUGUGCUCUGAGAACCUUAUUGAGUCUUUGUGCUGUGAGAACCUUAUUGAGUCUUUGUGUUGUGAGAACCUUAUUGAGUCUUUGUGCUGUGAGAACCUUAUUGAGUCUUUGUGUUGUGAGAACCUUAUUGAGUCUUUGUGCUGUGAGAACCUUAUUGAGUCUUUGUGUUGUGAGAACCUUAUUGAGUCUUUGUGCUGUGAGAACCUUAUUGAGUCUUUGUGUUGUGAGAACCUUAUUGAGUCUUUGUGUUGUGAGAACCUUAUUGAGUCUUCGUGUUGUGAGAACCUUAUUGAGUCUUUGUGUUGUGAGAACCUUAUUGAGUCUUUGUGCUGUGAGAACCUUAGUGAGUCGUUGUGUUGUGAGAACCUUAUUGAGUCUUUGUGCUGUGAGAACCUAGUUGAGUCUUUGUGCUGUGAGAACCUUAUUGAGUCUUUGUGCUGUGAGAACCUUAGUGAGUCAUUGUGUUGUGAGAACCUUAUUGAGUCUUUGUGCUGUGAGAACCUAGUUGAGUCUUUGUGCUGUGAGAACCUUAUUGAGUCGUUGGGCUUUGAGAACCUAGUUGAGUCUUUAUGCUGUGAGAACCUGAAGAAAGAGUGCAUGUAUACAGAGUGCUCCCUUUGUCAAGUCAAAACACUUAAAACAUCUGACUUUGAUGCUG